AUGAUGAUAAUCAUUUUUAUUUUUGGUCUACUUGCUUCAUCUAUUUCUGCCCAACUUACUCACGGGCAAACUCGAGUUUUAUAUGAAACUUUUGAUGGUCCAUCACUUAAUACUUCUAUAUGGAAUAAUGGAUAUCCAUGGGGAUCUUAUUAUAAUCAUCGAGCUAAUACAACUCCUCGUCAAGCUAAAAUAACACCAGAUGGUUUCUUAAAUAUUACAGCUAUGAAAGAACGAACCAUUACACUUGGUUUAAUGACUGAAUAUGGUCCAAUUGAUCUUGAUUACACUUCAGGUGCUAUAAAUUCAAAUGGAAAAUUCUGUAUGAAAAAUGGUUUUAUUGAUAUUAGUUUACGUACACCUCAAUCAGGAAGUACAUGGCCAUCAGUAUUUCUCGUACCAGAAGAUGGAGGACAAGUUCCAAUGCUUACUGUUAUGGAAGUAUUUAAUUCACGAACACGUUAUUCAUAUGGAUUUAAAUAUACAAAUGAUAAGAAUGAAGUCGAAGAAAUAAGUUUUGUUGCCGAUAAUAUACAAACUAGUGAUGGUAUACAUCGAUAUGGAUUAGAUUGGGGUUAUGAUCAAAUAACAUGGUAUUAUGAUGAUAAAUGGGUUAAUACACAAACAAAAUCAGAUGAAUUACGUCAAGUUGAUAACAUGUGUUUAGUUAUUAGCUUGGGUGUUGGUGGUAAAUCAAAAGAAACACCUAUUGCACCUCAAGAUUAUCCAUCAGUAAUGAGUGUUGAUUUACUUGAAAUAUGGCAACCAAAAUAUGAUGGUUUUUAUAAAUUUCAAAAUGUACAAACUGGUCUUUUAUUAGAAAUUAAUAGUGCAACUCAUAAUUGGGGUGAACAAGUUUUACAAUGGUACGACAAUGGAGGUGAUUGGCAGAUAUGGCAUGUACAAUAUGCAGGUCAUGGUCAAUAUCGUUUAAUCGUAGCACACAGUCGUUUAGGUUUAGAUAGUGACAACUGGGGUACAGACGAUGGUACUAAAUUAAUCCAAUGGCCAUAUCAUAGUGGUAAUAAUCAAUUAUGGAAAAUACAAGUUGUCGAUGAAAAUACUCCUGAUAUUGUUCAACUUAUCAAUGUUCAUACAUUAACUAAUUCGGAUGCAGGCAAAAUGAUAUCAGUACCAGCAAAUGAUGUUUCAGCUGGUGUACAAUUACACUUAUGGCGUGAUUUGAAUAGUAAUCUUCAAAAAUGGAAAAUGAUUCGACUUUAA